AUGACGCUUGAACAGGAGGAUACACCUUAUCACUAUCUACGAAGUGAUAAUCAGGGGAUUAAUGAUAAAUGGAUCUAUGUUUCCCUGUUCCUUGAAAGUACCGCCAUUAGGUUCAACGUUAGUAAUAUAUAUCUCAUAGAUGAUCCAAUCACUUCUCUCCGUCCUCGCUCAAUCCUGACUCAAUCCAGCAAAGAAGACCCCGCAGUCACCAUUCUAAUCGGUCGAAACUGUCGUGCAAGAACGGAGCACUGGAAUGACUUCACCUACAAGGAGGCCUACAAAUCCAUUUCAAAUUAUGUCGAUCUCAUCACCCAUGUGAUCGCACCUGUGAUCCGGGACUGGUCUGCAGUUGUUGAAGUCAAGGCUGAGAGCGAGAAAGAUUACAGUGAGCCCUUACAUCAAGCGAUCGCGAGGACGAUCUUUAACAAUUUCUGCUUCAGUCUUCAAUGUGGUAAAUAUCGUGCAGUGGCUGAUAUCACCUGCUGGCAGUAUUUCAUAGGCCAGAAGACUUUAAAAAAUUGGUUCAUCUACCCAUGGAGUUCCUUGAAAGUAUGGUAUGACACCCACAUGGGACUUUUGAAUGACUAG